AUGGUGGACUUGACUGAUAACAUAAGCACUUGUACAAAAUUUCAGUUAGAGACUUUUUCAUGUGAGCAUGCAGUCGCGGUUGCUAUGUAUCGAGAAUUUGCAACUAGAACAUUGUGCUCUCAUUACUUCACGACUGAUUAUUGGAGAGAUGCGUACGCUGAGACAAUAUUUUCUCUGUGGAACGAAGUUGAGUGGGAAGUCCCCGACUAUAUUCUUCCACUCAAUACAUUGUUGCCACCUCUCAUUGAACCGCGUGGUCCUAAAUGUCCAAGUACGUCUAGAAUACCAUCUACCAGAGAAUUUCCUCGAUCGCGUAGGUGCAGCCAGUGCAAAUCAGUAGGGCAUACUCUCCAAUAUUGUACAAGUCAUGUUCCUCUAAAUGAUAGUUAG